GCAGCGUCUCUUCUCCCCGGCUGCUGCUGGUUUGCCCCCCGCCCGCGCCUUGCUGAACUGGGAUCGAGACAGCACUAGCCGCCGGCCUCUCGUGUGCUCGCAUCCGUGAUGCGCUGAGCAGAGAAGCGGGGAGCAGCGAGCAUCCUUGGAAACUCUCGGGGCUUAGGGGGUCCGCCUUGGCGUUCUUGUAACCCCUUCGGCCCAACAGUGCUAGAGAUCUACCGAGGCGCGAAAGGUGCAGGACAUACAAAACUCUUGAGCCAUGGAUGUAUUCAUGAAAGGAUUUAAUAAAGCCAAAGAUGGUGUUGUGGCGGCAGCAGAGAAGACUAAGCAAGGCGUGGCAGAAGCAGCAGGGAAGACGAAAGAAGGCGUUCUCUAUAUGGGUUCCAAGACCAAGGAGGGAGUUGUUCACGGGGUCACAACAGUGGCAGAGAAAACUAAAGAGCAGGUAUCCAAUGUGGGGGGAGCUGUAGUGACUGGAGUGACAGCCGUAGCGCAGAAGACUGUGGAAGGUGCCGGAAAUAUUGCUGCAGCCACUGGCUUUGUCAAGAAAGACCAGCUAGCCAAACAGAAUGAAGAAGGCCUCCCACAAGAAGGAGUGGCGGACAACACAGAUAUGCCUGCAGACCCUGAAAAUGAGGCCUAUGAAAUGCCUCCUGAGGAAGAGUACCAAGAUUACGAACCUGAAGCAUGAGCACCACCUCCCCUUUUCUUCCGUGCCGACAAAGACCUUCUGUCCUGUACAAGUGCUGAGUUCCAAUGUGCCCGAUCGUAAACUAUUUUUUAUAGUUUUUAACAGUGUCUUUGGGAAGUCUUCCAUCAGCAAUGAUUGGAAUCUCUGUAACUGCAUCUGGUUAUUGUUUCAGUGAACGUCCUUUUCUCUGAAACAAAGGCCAAGAUGUCAGAACCAUUGUUGUUGUGUGGAUAUUGUGGCUUCAAGUUUUAAAAAGUUUUAAAAUAAUUAUUUUAAAAAACCAACACCUAAGUGUCUACUCCUUACUUCUAAAGCUGUACAUGUUUUGUUGAUAAAUUGUUGGUAAUUUGCUAUUGUUUAUGAUACCAGAAUUUUUUAAAUGUUUCCUAUGACCAUUGUUUCCUGUCUGGGGAUGACUUAUUGUGAAAGUUGUUAAUAUAUUUCUAUACAUAUAUACAUAUAUAUACAGUAAUUGAGCAUGAACU